UCCCCCUCCUUUGUUGCUCUGCCCUCCAACCCCUGGCUCCCUACCAUGACCCAGGUGUCUCUCCUGCUGUACAACUCCACCAGGAUGAGGCGGCUUCUGUCCAAGGCCGUGGUGAUUGAUGACCACGACGAUGAUGUAUAUCCCUAGAGGCAGAACGCACACAAAUAUUACAUCCACCUCCUCCUCAGCCUCUUCCUCUUCCUCUGGUUCUUUCUGGGAAAUUACUGGGUCUUUUCUGUUUACCUGCCAGAUUUUGUUCCCCCUUUCCAGCAGCCUCAGGAUUAUUGUGACAAAACCGUGUACCUCUUUGCGGUAGGGGUCCUCGUGCUGGGCUUACUUGUGCUGGGCAGCAGCUGUGUCCACGCAUGGUCCAGGUGGAGGUCUGCUGCUGAGGAAGACUGAGAACCAGCC